UUCAAGCGCGGUGUCCUGUUGCGUGAUCUCCCGCAGCUAUCCUCAGGAAGCCAAUCAUCUCUAUUCACUGACCGUCAGCGCUGAGCGCCACAAACAAGUGCGCUGCGCUGUGCUCAGUCUGGAGGGAAAAAUUCAAGAGCAGGAAUAAAACUUGUUUCAUGUUUUAUAUUUGAAAUCCCCGUUUGUUGCAUCGGAGUCACCAGAAAUGAUGAAUUUUAUCCUCCUCUGCCUGUUAUGUGGAUUGUACGGUGUUCUUGGAAAAGAUAAAGAUCAAAAGGGGAAGUACAGUGUCCCUAUUCUGGAUGUGAAAACCCGGCAUCUGGUCCUGGAGGUCAACCAGACACUACUGCUGAGCUGCAGGGGUCGCUGGGAGCUGUCCUGGGCGUUCCCGUCAGGUUUGGCCAGAGAUCAGGUGCGGGUGGAGGCGUCUCGCUGCGGGAGGACGAGGCAGCAGUACUGCAGCCUCGUGACGGUGAGCCACAGCCAGGCCCAGCACACCGGCACGUUCCGCUGCAGAUACCAGCACCGGACCCAAAAACAGACCUCCAUCUAUGUAUAUGUCACAGACAGCCAGCAGCCAUUUGUGGACCAUCCGGGUAUGAGCCCAGAUGUGUUGUACAUGAAGGAGAAGGAGCCGCUGGUCAUCCCCUGCCGGGUCACCCACCCCAAUGUCACCACCACGCUGGUCAAGUUCCCCAGCCACAGCCUGAGUCCGGACCAUAGGAACAUUAUUUGGAACAGCAAGCAAGGCUUCACCAUCCGAACUCCCACCUUCUAUUACAUCGGCCUCUUUUUCUGCCAGACAAUCACUGACGGCGUCACGCACAAGUCACGUAUAUACUUUGUACACAGACCAGUGAGUAACAUUAUGGAGGUGUAUCUGAACAGCAGUGGACCUGUGCAGGCCCUCAAGGGAGAGAGACUUGUCUUGAACUGUACUGCCACCGGGGAGCUGAACACCAGAGUCAACAUCACCUGGGACUACCCCGGAAAGAAUAACAACACCGGCUACACUUCCAAGAGGCUCCUGAAACACAGAACGCACAUGUUGUUCUACAGUAUUCUCACCAUCCCGAAGCUCCAGCAUUCAGACCGAGGCCUCUACACAUGCCGUGUCACCAGCGGUGAAAAUACCAAACAACAGAAAGUCACUGUAACCGUCUACGACCGUCCAUUUAUCCGCCUGAAGCCCAGACAUGGGUCUGUGAUGGAGGUGCAGGCGGGACAGAAAUCUUACCGAAUCUCUCCCAAACUACGAGCGUUCCCUGCCCCUGAAGUCAUCUGGUUGAAGGACGGCAUGGUGGCGGCAGAGCAGUGCUCCAGAUACCACAUGGAUGGGAAUUCACUGGUGAUCCGGGAUGUAGCAGAAGAGGAUGCUGGGAAGUACACUGUCCUGGUACGCAUCCAGGAACAUGACCUCUACCAGAAUCUCACGCUCACACUUGUGGUCAAUGUGAGUCCACAGAUAGGGGAGAAAGCGGUGUCGUUGCAGGACCCGGGCUCAGUUCCACGGGGGAGCAGACAAGCCCUUCACUGCACGUCCCACGGGGUCCCCCCUCCACACAUCCAGUGGCUCUGGCACCCCUGCCCGUCCAAAGGCCUGUGUGUGUGUCCAUCGUCCUCCUCGCUAUGGAACCCUGUGACAGAAAGAGUCCCCGCCACGUCCACAAGCAACCACAUCCUGAGUGUUAGGCAAAGACAGGAAGUGCUUCAGGGGAAGAAAAAGACGGUGGGGGUCCUGACUGUGGCAGAGGCCUUGGUGUCUGGAGUGUUUCGCUGUGUUGCCUCCAACUCUGCAGGAACAGACCAGCUAGAAGUUCACUUCUACGUCACAGAUGUCCCAGGAGGCUUCAGUGUGAGCCAGAGGGAGGAACCUAGGGAGGGUGGAGACCUCCAUCUCACCUGUGUAGCCAAUAAGUACCUGUACACAGAGCUGUCAUGGCACCGAGUCAAUGACAGAGGUGACGGCCCGUCCCGCAGCUCUGCCCUGAGCAGUCUGCAGCUGACAUCAGGGGAGUUCUCCAACUCUCUGGUCCUGCUGAUAAGCAACCUCACAGCCAGAGACUCUGGAGCCUACAGGUGCUCCGCCCGCCCCCUCAUCACCAGACAGGAGACACACCUGGAUACACAGGUGGAGGUCACAAUUUUGGAGCCUCCGGUGCUGCUUAGUAAUUUGACAGAUUGUAUCGUCAACGUUAGCAGCUCAGUGAUCCUUCGCUGUCCCUCUGAAGGUGUCCCACCUCCAACCAUCACGUGGUACAAGGAUGAACGUGCUCUGUCUCAGGGAUCAGGUAUUGUGAUAUCACCAGAAGAUGGGACCCUCCACAUCGAUCGAAUCACAGGGGAGGACCAAGGCCUGUACACAUGCCAGGCCACCAAUGAGAGGGGAUCUGCAGAGAGCUCUGCCUAUAUAUGGGUCAACGGUGCCUCAGAGGCUUCGUUUCUAGAAAUUCCCACUCUCACCUGUACCUGCGUGGUGGCCACUCUCUUCUGGCUUUUGCUCACGCUCUUCAUACGCAAACUGAAACAGCCCAACAAUUCAAACACCAAACCAGAGUACCUGUCAAUCAUUCUGGACACAGGAGAGGGGCCAAUAGAGGAGCAGUGUGAGAGACUACAGUACGACCCCAACCAAUGGGAGUUCCCCCGGGAGCGGCUCAAAUUAGGGAAACCUCUGGGCCGUGGAGCCUUUGGUAAGGUGAUGCAGGCGUCUGCGUUCGGUAUAGACAGCGCCACCAGCUGUAGCACUGUGGCUGUGAAGAUGCUCAAAGAGGGAGCUACAGCCAGCGAACACAAAGCUCUGAUGACUGAGCUGAAGAUCCUCAACCACAUUGGGCAUCAUCUGAAUGUAGUGAACCUGCUUGGAGCCUGCACCAAGCCAGGAGGACCACUGAUGGUCAUUGUCGAGUACUGUCGCUACGGCAAUCUCUCUACCUUCCUAAAGAGCAAGAGGGAGGUGUUUGUGCACAACAUGCUGGACAGAGGAAAGGAUGGAGUGCCAGGUGGUGUCUGCACCAUGUUUGACAGCCAGAGGCACGUCAGAACAGAGUGUGAUGAGAAAGAAGAGAAAGAGAGUCACCUUGAUCCCAAAUCUGCCUCCACCUCCCCUUUAUUCCUGGAGGAUCUCAUCUCCUUCAGCUUCCAGGUGGCACGAGGGAUGGAGUUUCUGGCCUCUCGCAAGUGUAUUCAUCGAGACCUGGCAGCCAGGAACAUUUUGCUUUCUGACAAUAAAGUGGUCAAGAUCUGUGACUUCGGCCUGGCCAGAGACAUCUACAAAGACCCCGACUACGUCCGCAAGGGAGAUGCCCGCCUGCCACUGAAGUGGAUGUCUCCGGAGUCCAUCUUUGACAAGGUGUUCACCACCCAGAGUGAUGUGUGGUCCUACGGCAUUCUGCUGUGGGAGAUCUUCUCUUUGGGAGCUUCUCCGUACCCUGGUCUUCACAUAGAUGAAGAGUUCUGCCACAGGUUGAAGGCGGGAACAAGGAUGCGAGCACCUGAGUACAGCACACCUGAGAUUUACAGCACGAUGCUGGCGUGCUGGGAGGCCAGUCCCUCAGAUCGACCCACCUUCACUAACCUGGUGGAGACCCUGGGAGACCUGCUGCAAGCCAGGGUUCAGCAGGAUGGUAAGGAUUAUAUUCCUUUGGGAUCUUUCACGGCAGGACACCCUGGUCGCAGCGAGACCUUCAGAGAAAACCCACUUGCAGUCACAAACCUGAGUUACAUGACGGGUAUGGCCACACUUCAGAUUUUUGAGGAACUGCCCUGCGAGGAGCCAGACAGUCCUGACGAUGAGCAGAGUGACAGCGGCAUGAUCCUGCCGUCUGAGGAGCUGAAGCAUCUGACGUGGAAUAACGGCACCAAGAACAGGAAACUCAGCAGGUUCUUUUCCUUCACUAAGUGUCGGGACAACCAGGUGCCUUUCCUGUGCAACGACAUCACAGGUCUCCGUGACGACAAGCCAUCUAUCUUGCCGUGCGACUGGGAGUCUGAUGAGGACAGCUCCCCACCUCCGGACUACAACUCGGCUUUUCUCUACCCCUCCCUCUAGCAUCUGUUCCUGUCUAACCUUUUGAAAACUUCACACAGGGUAUUUACAUUUUUAGUCAGUCAGGACUCUUUCUCUCUCUCUUCUCUUGCAUCCUCUACCUCAUUAUAACAUCUGCACGUAUCCAUCUUUGCGUUUCCUUUAAAGCCUCUUCAGUAUUAUCUUGCAUUACAACACAUAACCCCUUCCAAGAGCAGCUAAGUAUUACCUGAUAGUACUUAUCACAUGCAGUUAUGCAGAAUGUAUUUACUGACCCAUUAGAGCGUAUUGUAUUGGUACCUCAUGUGCUGGGCUUUGUGAAGAGGAACACUGCUGUAUGAAAUGUUUCUCGUACACAGCUACUAUAUGCUGGAAAAAAAGUUAUUAUCCACUGAAUUAUAGUAUGUGUUAGACAGGGUAUAUCUGUCUGUAUUUAUUUGAAUGCUGUAAUCACUUCAUGGCUGAGUCACUUCAAUCAGGUUGACCUUUUGUGAAUGUAAAUACGCACUCAGUGGCCAGUUUAUUAGGUACAGCUAGUUAAAACUAGCACAGUCUAACAACAGCCCUGCAAUAAAAUGUACUUUCAUGAAGGCAAUAAUGUUCAGUUUUAGAACGGUGGAUCCCAAUAGUAUCUGUAAGGGUGGAAAAAAUAUAAGAAACACCCCUCAAUUUGAUGUAAUACAGACUACAGCCUACAAAAUCACCAUACAGUUGAAUCAUCUCUCUAAAACUUUUCCAAAAUUAACUUAACCUUCAUGAACAUUUGAUUAACUGCACAGCUGUUGUAUUAGACUGCACUGGUUUUAGCCACAUAUACCUAAUAAACUGACAACUGAUUGUAUAUUUAAUUCUAUAUUACUAAUCCUUUGAUAUAGAAUCAACACAUAUACAUUUCCUCAUGCUGGUUUUUGCAUUUUUGUUCAGAAAAAGUAAUGAAUGCACGGAGAUCGGUGUGUGGUGUUUUCCCCCCUCCAUCUAUUUCCUUUUCUCCAAACCAUGGGCGCUGAAAUUAUAAUAGUAAUAAUAGUCAGUCAAUGGAAAGAAAAUAUUUUUCAAGCAAAAAAUGACCAAACAUUCCCUACUUCCAGCUCCUCCACUAUGAGGAUCCACUGCUUUUCUAUGAGAGCAAAUUGAUUAUUUUGGGGGUUUUGACUGCUAGACAGACAAAACAAGAUAUCUGGAGACAUCAACUUUUUUUCAAACAUAAUUUUCUGACCAAAUAUAGAGUGAUUAAUCACAGCAGAUAAAUUGUCAAUAAAAAAAGCAUCAGUUGCCACCCUACAAAACAGAAAACCAAGAGAUUUACACGUACGCCUGGUAUUAACUUGCAAUCUGUCUGGUUAGUGAAACCCAAUCACUCGACUGCGUUUGUUUUCCAGAUACAGAUUGCAUGUUAACACAUUUUCAAACAUGGUCCAGGCAUCCCAGUGAAUAAUAAUAGGCAUUUCAGCCACCUCAUUGUGUAAAACGUGCAUGUAAACAUUGUCUAGUGUUGCAAAGACAAACUUUGAGGUUUGUGCAGCCUUGGUGAAGUGCAUUAAAUUUGCUUGUAUUUUCAGUUUUAAAGAUGAUUAAUCAUUAAAAAAUGUAAAUAUAAUUUAGCAAAAUCCAACCAUAUGUUACAUAUUAAUGUUGUUGACAUGUUUUGAAAUAUUUCAUUUAUACAUUAAUUGCUGUAAUUGCCCCAAAAAGACAAGAUCCUGCAUGUAUCAGUUUUGGUAUUCUUUAUUAAAAUACUGCUGUACACACAAAUAUUGCAAAAUUUGAGACAAUAAACACAAGAGGGGCAUAAAACAUACUAAGAUGGUGAUUGUAGGUGUGUUGAUGUGGGGGAGGAGAAGAUGGCCAUCACUUAUAUUAACUGGAGUGUCUGUUAUGAAGUGGAAGAUAGUGAUAUGAGCGCUGACAUUGUGUAGGCCGAGUCGGGGGCAUGUGUGUGCAUCUGAAGGUGUUUGAGUGUGUGUUUGUGUGUUUUGAGGGUUUUCUAAAGCACCACAUUCACCAAAUAUGUUUUCACCUGUUCAUUUCACUAAAACAGAGGAAGUAGAACAUGAACUAACACAGCCGGUUCCCUGCAGGUUUGUUGCCUCCGAGUACAGACCAUCAACUUACAUGACAACCAGCUGCAGCCAAGACACUGUUCAUGCCUUUCACCCCCAUUUGUCUCACAUGUGACAGUGUGGUUCAUACAUGUGACCUUGUUGGUCUUCAGUCUUAUGUUGGUACGCAUUUGCCAAAAGCUUCUGAGACACGACGAAGGCAGAGGAAUUAAGAACAGUGAUCUGACAGAGUCUGGAUUGAUCUCUUUAUCCGAGUGAAGCAGGUCUGCACUGAAAUGAGUCAAUUUGAUUCAAAUUAUCAACGGAAUAUGAACUGUGCUUAAGGGCGACAUGAAAUCCCUCACAGCAGGAUGUCCACAAUGCUAUUAAUUUCCAAAAAACCUCAAUCUGAAGACGUCCCACCCACUCCCACUAUAGCUCAUCUGUCUGACUGGACAGGGGGCGGCCAAUGACAGCCAAACACAUUCAAUCAUUGGGCCCCUCCAGCUGUUUGUCAUCCUGAGAGAAAUCCAAGCCAUUCGAGUGAGUGCAACAACCAGCAGCCACUUUGUCUCCAGCACGUUUGUAUAUCAUGUAUAUCUUUAAAAGUCAAACAAAACGAAAAAACAAAACUUGUUGGUGCCCUGAUCCUAUUCUCUCCUUGGCCCUCCACCCCUUCCCCUUUCCCAAAACCCCUGCUGGAAUUGGUCCACAGAAUAAUAAAGAGUUGAAUUGAGGCAACAAAUGAAUUGGCCUCCCAUUUCCCAUCAUGCAUCCCUGCACAAUAUCUGAGCAAAGAGAAAAACCAGCUAGAAAAAUCACAAAAAAGCAUCACUGUUUCUCAAAUGUCGAGGGGCCGAGACCCCCUGAGGUGGGGAGUGAAGUUUGGGAUAAAAGCAGGAAAAAGAGGGGAGAGUAAGAGAGAGACAGAGAAAGAGGAUGUUGGGGGUGGGCGGGGGAGAAAAUAAGGACAUUCCACAAAGAGGCAGCUGUGGCUCCACCUCAACCAAAGCCCCACCCAUGGGCUACACCCAAGUGCUGGACAGUCAAACCAAGAUGAUCCAUCCUUGAGCAGUUCAUGUCACAAUAGCGUCCAUUAACCAAAAGUGGUUGCUGCAUACGUGACAAACACUUGGCAUCGGGAGAAGACACCCCUUCCUCAGUGCCAACAAAAACCACAUUUUACCCCCCAAUGCCCAGUCCAUGCUAGCCCACCCACCCACACAUAUGAGCCUGAAGUUCCACAAUAUCCUGAACUAAAAUGUCAGAAAUCCAUCGAUUUUUCCAGUUUUAAGAACCCUUCCCACCCACCCAAGUGGUUUGUCCUUUCUGAGGGGGAACCAACAACCAAGGCAAAGGUGGGCUGGCCCAUUUCGUGAAACAGGUGCCAUCCCGCCAUAAUGAUAGCCUCGAGUGGUGUGUCCCGUCUCCUAGUGCGUCACAAUGAAGGGGUGUGGUCUCCAGCCGGAAGAGAGACACAGUCAAUAGAAAAGCUGGAUUUCUUUUUCAUUGUUAAUUUGCUCUGGUAUUUAUGUCCGUGUGUGACACUUUAGCUCUCUCUGUACACCCUGUAGGCCACUCACACAUUUUCAUAAAAAUAACAAAAAUUAACAAAAAAAUUAAAAUCUUA